GGACCAACGGCUCCUCCACCCAGCAUCAGCGUCCUUUAUGUUUUGAUCUGCGAUGUUCAUCAAGACUCAACAAGAUCCAUGGGACAGGACAGAGUUCCAUGGAACAGGCCAUUUGGUGGUAUUUCUUUCUACAAAGAUCCAUUCGUGAAGCCAAGAAGCACAACAAAAUGGAACUUCCCAUGCAGAUAUUCACUGAGGACAUUGCAUGCUGUGACACUCCUCUAUAUGUAACAGCAACAAACUUCGAUACAGUGAAUGACAUAAUCAGCAAGUUACUGCCAAUGAUAAGAAAACAUAACACUGAAGAUUACCAACUGUGGUUCUGUCCUGGCCCUGGAAAAGCUCCAAGACUACUCCAAGGGCAUGAAUAUCCACAUGACAUUAGAAUGAUAAAUAUUCAAAAGAACUUCAGUUCACGGGACUUAAGAAAUUUUACAGCAGUCCCUUCCCUACCUGGGGUAAUCAUGAAAUAUCUAAACGCUGAUGUACAUGGGAAAUUCAUCUUAAAACCCAGAAACUCAACAAGAAGCCAGCAACAAAAAAAUAUGAAGGAAAAAACUUUUAAGAAACAAAGAACUUCUAUAACAUCGUGGUUGGACAGGGGCUCUGUGCCCCACCAGGAGCAAGUAUGCACCAUCCCACAAGUUAAAAAGGGAGGAAAACUGUUUGGAAGAGAACUCAGCUCCAUUUGUCAGGAUGGCGACCUGCCCUCGGCAAUCCUGGACAUGCUGUACCUACUAAAAAAGGAAGGGCCCACAACCAAGGGUGUCUUUAUAGAACCUCCAAGUAUAACUUUGUUCCAAACAGUAAAGGACAAAUUGGAUUCAGAAGAAGAGGUGGAUAUAAACAAGCAAUCAAUUUAUGUAGUGGCAUGGAUCUUUAAGGACUUCCUCCAAAACAUCGAGGGAAGUCUGAUGUCUUCAAAACUAUAUGAUGAGUGGAUUGCUGUAACCGAAAAAGUCAAUGAUGAAGAGAAAUUAGUCGCAGUGCAGAGUCUUUUAGAUAAAAUGCCACCUGAAAAUGCAGCUCUUCUGAGGCAACUUUUUCGUAUAUUAUAUGAAAUUAAAAAUAAUUCUGAUGUUAAUGAAAUGUCGUCUUACCACCUAUCUGUUGGGUUAGCCCCAUGUCUCUUAUUCGUGCCCAGCUCCUGCAAUAAUGAAGUGACAAAUGAUAUUAGCAAAAAGAUUUCUCUAGUGAAGUUUAUGAUCGAAAAUGCGCCACAGUUUUUUGGAGAGGACUUGGCUGCAGUGUGGCAUGGAACAUCACUAUAUCAUCCUCCUGGAGGAAAGUCCUCAUGUUCCCAGAGUACUCAAACAAGUUUUGAAAACAUGAAGGAAACCAAACAUGGACUCAGCAGCUCCCCUCGUGGCAGGACAUGCACUCCUGGCUAUAAUACACUGCGGAGAAGGCCAGCUGCUCUUCUUCCCUAUGAGGGCAUUAUAGAUUCACAAAAACACGAAGUCAAUGUACAUACUAAACCAACUCUUAAUCCACCACAGGCAAAACAGAAAUGUUUGUUUGGCAAAUCUCUUACAAGUCUUUUUGAAGACAAAAAGUUGCCUACUCCAAUACUUGAUAUGCUAUCCAUAAUUGCAGAGAAAGGGCAUGAAUCGGAUCACAUAUUCAAAAUUCUACCUAAAGAAUCACACUGGUCCCUGAGGUAUAGGCUUGACAGUGAACAACAUAUUGACUGGGACGAGGAAUGCGUUCUUGUAAUAGCAUCUGUUUUAAAGGAUUUUAUUAUUAAUAUUGAUGGAAGCUUACUAACCUUGGAAUUCUAUGAAAAUUGGCUUAGCAUUCCGGACGAAGGAACUCUGGCUGAAAAAAUUAAUGCCAUUCAAAGCCUUUUGCAACAGAUACCAGAACCAAACUUUAUACUAUUAAAAGAUCUCGUGUGUGUAUUAGUAAUAAUAAAAAAUUCUUCCAUGAAUAAUUUAGACAGUUACAGGUUAUCUUUGAGAAUAGCUCCACAUGUACUGUGGGGUAAGACUUCGAGAGACUCAUUAUUUGGGACUGACGUCUUAAGAAAGUUGUCCAUUAUGCAAAUCAUGAUCGACAACUACCAUGAAAUAUUUGGAAAUGAUGAUAUGUUUAUUAAACAUACUGACAAAGAGUCUGAUGACUUAAGGAUGAAUGAAGAAUCAAAAAGUUCUUCUGACAAAUCACCUGUUAUGACAAAUGUCAUAGCAUGCUGCACCGGGACAACCUGUGAUAACAAUGAAAAAUUAAAUAUUUCAUGUGCUGCUCUGCAAGAGGAAGGUCCUCCAGAGAAAUGUGAAGACAAUGAAUAUUCCAACCCACCACUACGUUGUCUAUUUCCAUUACGACCUGCAAAGAAAUGUUUGUUUGGUCAACCUCUUACAAGUAUUUUUGAAGACAAAAAGAUACCUACUCCAAUAUUUGAUAUGCUGUCUAUAAUUGCAGAAAAAGGAAAAGAUACAGAUCACAUAUUUAAAACUCUAUCUGAAUAUUCACAUUGGUCCUUGAGAGACAAGAUAGACACCUAUCAAUAUAUCAAUUGGAACGAGGAACGCGUGCUUGUAAUAGCAUCCGUAUUAAAGGACUUCAUUACCCAUAUAGAUGGAAGUUUGCUUACAUGUGAAUUAUAUGAAAGUUGGCUUAGCGUUCCAGAUGAAGGGACUCUGGCUGAACAAAUUAAUGCCGUACAAAGACUUCUUCAAAAAAUCCCAGAACCGAACUUUAUAUUAUUAAAACAUCUCAUCUGUGUAUUAGUAAUAAUAAAAGACUCAUCCACGAAUAAGUUAGACACUAACAGGUUAUCACUCCGCCUUGGCCCACAUUUGCUAUGGGGUUGGACUUCGAGUGAUGCAUUUUUUGGAAAAAAUGUCUCAAGAAAGUUGUCCAUUAUACAAAUCAUGAUCGACAACUACCAUCAAAUAUUUGGAAAUGAUGAUAUGUUUAUUAAACAUACUGACAAAGAGUCUGAUGAUUUAAGGAUGAAUGAAGAAUCAAAAAAUUCUUCUGACAAAUCACCUGUUAUGACAAAUGUCAUAGCAUGCCACAACAGGACAACCUGUGAUAACAAUGAAAAAUUCCAUAUUUCAUAUGCUGCACUACAGGAGGCAGGUCCUACAGAGAAAAGGAAAAGCAAUAUAUAUACCAAGCCACCAGAAUAUUCUAGUCCAACACCAUCAAGAAAGAAAUGCUUAUUUGGCAAGAAUCUUACAAGCAUUUAUGUCGACAGUAAGCUGCCUGCUCCAAUACUUGAAAUGCUAUCCAUAAUUGCAGAGAAAGGAAAAGAAUCAGAUCAGAUAUUUGCAAUUCUACCUGAAAAUUCACACUGGAGCCUCAGAGAGAGGAUUGAGAGUGAAGAACUCAUAGACUGGAAUGAAGAAGGCAUACUAGUUAUAGCCUCCGUUUUAAAGGACUUCAUUACAAAUAUCGAAGGAAGUUUACUUACUUCUGACUUAUAUGAAAGUUGGCUUACUGUCCCAGAAGAAGAAACUCUGGCUGGACAAAUUAGUGCCAUUCAAAGACUUUUACUGAAGAUUCCUCAGGCAAACUUUAUCCUUCUAAAGCAUCUCAUCUGUGUGUUAGUAAAAAUAAGAGACUCAUCCAUGAAUAAUUUAGACAGUAACAAUUUAUCUGUCCGCAUAGCUCCUUAUGUUUUGUGGCAUCAGACUCCAAAGGACACAUUGUUUGGGAGUGAUGUAUCAAGAAAGAUGUCCAUUAUACAAAUCAUGAUCGACAACUAUAGUCAAAUAUUUGGAAAUGACAGUAUAUUUUGUAAAGGUAUUGACAAAAGACCUGAGGAUUUAAAGACGUGUCCAGAUUCAAUAAAUUCUUCUGGAAAAUCACCUAUUAUGAACGAAUUCCUAGGUGGCCGCAAGAGGAAAACAUAUGAUAAUAGUGAAAAUUUUAAAAUUUCAUCCAUUGCUCUGCAGGAGGAAGGUCCUACAGGACAGGACACAAAAACUGCCACGUAUAAGUGGUAGAGGAUGACUGAAGACACUAAAAGGUCAUUCUAUUUUAAUGUUCCCUUCUACCUUCCACUUAAUCUUAGCAAACAAAUUAUUGCAACAUACUUCUUCAGCAUUUAUGCCAUAUGUUACUCAAUGUUUGCUAUCAUAAUAAACGUUGCAAUAAA